UCCGUUUGGGCUGCGGUCCCACUUGACGCUACAACAAAUGCUUCGGAGCGUUCUUUUUCUCCUUCUUUCUUCGUUGAGAGAAAUGAGAAGAGGAAUGCUUCGAAGCAUUUGUAGCGUCAAGGGGUGGACCGCACUAAUUGACACGUAAGUCGACACAAACGUCGUUCUAUCUUUCUUGGCAUUCAAUGAGCAACAAAGACAGAACGAGACUCGUGUCGACUUGUGUCAGUUAGAUGGAAAGCACCUCAAAUAAAUCAUAAGCGAGAUAGACAAUUUUGAGAAUUGGGAAUUUUAAAUCAACGGAAAUCAAGGAUCUCGAAAAUGGACGAAUUAUCAAGGAGAAUGUAAUUGGAACGUUCUUCAACAUGAUCGGAACCCUCUCAUUCGCGAUUGUACUGCCUGUCUUUUUGCAUACGAUGGUUUACUCACGACAGGAUUUAUGGUGUUACGAUUGCAAUACGGAUCUAAGGCAUGGACAUAGAGGAGAUUGCAACGAUCCUUACUCACCCGGUGCUUUCGAGUUGGUCGCUUGCCCUCGGAACGAAUCUCAUCAUUGUCACAAAAGUAUCAUAUUAUAUAGAAAUAUUUUAGUAACGGUACGAGCCUGCGUGUCAUCGCGUCAGAUCAAGGAAUACUGUAAUUACGGAGACAGCAUUCGUUUCCCGCAUUCGAACAUCGAGUGUUAUUUCUGCAAGGAAAACGCCUGUAACAAUAACGAAUUAUUCGAUCCUGCGUCAGAAUGGUGUCUUGGAUUUAUCGCAAUUAUUUUGCCAUGGAUACUAACGUGAGACACGCAGAUAAUAAUAAUUAUUCGUGAAAAUCAACUCACGUUUCAACUCAAGUUUAAUUAAUUCUACUUACACGUAAUCAUAUAUAAUAAUGUUACAAGUUCCGAAAUGUUUAUUCCUGCUCGACAACGUCCGAUAAAGGUUUUUAAGAUGCAGCUAAAUAUAAAAAAAUUAUAAAAUACUUAUAUAUGAUCCUUUAAAAUAAAAAUGUCCUUGAAAUAUUA